GAAUAAUUGAUAGAAAUAAUUCAAAUUAAUCGUAAAUAAUUGUAUUGUAACCUCACAGCAAAUCAAUCUUAGAAAAAAAGCAUAAAAAUGUCCAAAGUAUAUUUCUGGGGUGCGAUUGGAGUGAAAGGUGUUCAAUCGGAUGAACCAGCACUAUUGGCCGGAGGAAAGAAGAGUUCAGUGACCUCAUUGAAACCAUUAUUGGCUGCUGCUGAGAUUGUUCAGGUGAGUGCUGGUGGAAGUUUUUGUGCCAUGUUGGAUUUGGAGGGAAAUGUUUAUUCGUUCGGGAAGGGUGCUGAUCAUCGAUUGGGAUUGGGUGAUGAGAGGGAUCAUUUUGAGAGUCCUGCCAAGAUUCCUCAACUCAAGGCUUCAAUUGUUAGUGCUGGUUAUAGUCAUGGAAUGGCUCUAUUGAAGGAUUGUAAGAAUAAGGUAGUUUUGUGGGGUAAAUUAUCACCUCAACUGACUUUUAUGAAACCAACAGAGAAGGUUGUUGAAUUGCAAGACGAUGAUGAUCAGAUUGUUUCUCUCCGAUCAGGAAAUGGAUACUCUGCAGUGAUUACAAAGAAGGGACAUGUUUUCAUGAUUGGAAGAAAUUCUUUUUACAAGUGUGGAUUUGCUGAGAAUGCUGAUUUGGACUCGUUUAAACAAUUGGUUAUCAAUGACAAUGGAAAUAAGUAUGAUACAUUUAAAGAUAUUGAUUUGGGUUAUGAUAGUACAUUGGCAAUUACUGCUACUGGAGAGGUCUUUGGUUUUGGCAGUAAUAAUUGUUAUCAAUUGGGAAUUGGAAAGGUCAUUAAGGUUGGAGGACACGUGCCAACUCGCUUGACCUUCUCCUCUCCGAUUAAUCCAGUUCAGGUUGCUUGUUCUAGAGGUUCUGGACAUCAUUGUCAUGGUGUUGUGUUGGAUGCUGAUGGAGUACUUCACUCUUUUGGAUCUGGAUACAAAUACAAAUUAGGGACUACCACAACAGAUGAUCAACCAGUUCCAGUCAAGGUUGACUUUGAUAUUAAGGUAAAGCAAGUUAUUCCAGGUGGAAUUCACAACUUCUCUCUUACUGUUGAUAAUGAGCUAGUCAGCUUUGGUUGUGGAUCUGAUGGAAGAUUAGGACACGAGGAAUCAAAGAACUAUCGAUACUUGUACAAGGAAACUGAACCAAGAAAAAUCGAAGGUCUGGGAAAUAAGGUAGUGCAGGCUGAUUCAGAUUAUUAUUUUGGCAUUGCCAUUGUAAAAUAAAUUUGUAUUUUAUUGUUC